CUUUCACCCCUCCAUUUUCAUUUAUUUCUUGCAUUCUCCGUUCGCGCCAUUUCCCCAGUCUAGCACAGACUGCUCGCCGUAGCACGCUGAGCAGCGGCCUAUACAGAGCGAGGCAACGCGAGGACCGUGACUCCGCAACCGCCGGCGAGAUGUAUAACCCUCAGGCGAUGGAGGGCCGUAAGGCCUUCCGCAACCAAUGGCAGAUUGAAAUGUGGCAGGCGCCCGCGAAAGAGCUUCCGUUCUGCUGCAUCGCUACCUGGUGCUCUCCCUGCGUGUCCUACUAUCUGCGCGACCGCGUGCUCUAUGGCGACAUGUCCAGAUACCAGUGCUGCGGCGGAUUCCUGCCGUGCAGUGGGCACUGCGGCGAGUCCAAGUGCCCCAAGUUCUGCCUGGGCAUGGAGGUGUGCCUGUGCUUCCCGUCGUCCGUGGCGGCCACGCGCUUCCUCGUGCAGGACCAGCUCAAUAUCAUGAACAGCAAGUGCGACAAUGGCAUCCUGGUGUUCCUGGUGGCGCUGGAGCAGCUGGCGUGUCUCUUCGCCAUUCUGGCGUGCAUUCUGCAGAACGACGGGCUCCAUGAUGCCGCUCACGCCCUGCGAUGCCUCGCCGACGUCGUCUACUGCUCGGUGUGCGCGUGCAUGCAGACGCAGCACAAGAUAGAGCUGGACACCAGAGACUCUCACAACGCAGCCAAUGCUGCCCCCAUGGCUCCUCCUCCCCCCCAGACCAUGCAGAGCUAAGCUACACCAUCAUGCCAGGCCACUAGCCAAACUCUUCAUUAAUAGCUGCUUCUCCUUAGAACAGGUAUACCACCGCAACAUUAGCUUCCACUACAGGAGACCUUUCCAGUUUUUCCUUCAUCCUUUGUGGAUCCAUGCUGUUUAGUAUGGCUCUGAGCCUCAACCAUGCAUGUUACAUAGAAUAUGCUAAUUAUAGUGACAUAAAUAUUGUGUAAUUCGGGUACAAGUGCUCCAAAUUAAUGAAUGAACAAGGUGGCC